AUGAAUAGUCGUAUAGUAAACAUUAUUUUACCGCUUGUCGGUGGUGUUAUCUAUGUAUGUUUGGAUUUUCUUUACAUUUAUUUAACAAGAAAUCAUUAUGAGCAAGCUGUUCAAAAUAUUCAAAAAGAAGAAAUGGAAGUUGAUGUUGUGGCAGCAAUAGUUUGCUAUGCAAUUAUGGGUCUUGGAUGGUAUUUAAUUGCCAUACAAUUAGCUUCAGCUUAUUUCGAUAAACUUAAACAGCGUAGACCAUCUUGGUCACCAUUAUCAUCAAGUGCUUUAAGUGGACUUGUAUCUGGUUUUCUCUAUGGAUUUGUUGUUUAUGGUGUUUUUAAUUGUACGACACGUGCUUUAUUUUCAAAUCGAUAUCCGGUUACACUUCUUGUACAAGAUAUGGCAUGGGGUUCACUUUAUACUAUGCUUUAUACAACUGUCUAUAUGCUGAUUUGGCAUCAACUUAGUCAUCCAGUUGAUUUAUAA